AUGACGUCACACCAACGAGGACACGCCCCUCGUUGCCCCGCCCACACGAGUGCUAAGCCCCGCCCCUUCCCGGCUGUGGGCGUGGCCACGCCCGCCGUGCCCCCGCCCCGAGGGCGCCCCCCCGCGGCACCGGGCGCCACCGCACCGCGGCCCGGGGACCCGCGGGAACGGGGGAACGGGGCGGGGGCGCACACGGGACCCCUCCCCAGGCCGGUAUCCGGCACCGGGCCCGCCCCACACCCGCCCCGCCGCCCCUCCGGGCUCCGCUCACGGGGUUCCCGGAGGCCCCCGGGGCGGCGGCGCCUCCCGCAACCCGGUGCGGGGGUCCCGGGGGGCGCGCCGGGCUCAGGGCCGCUCCCCCUCCCCGCGCCGGCCUCUCGUCCGGUCCAACCCCCCCCCACCCCCCACCCACGGCGUCCGGUGCCCCCGGCCCGCCCCGUCCGGCGCUGGUUCCUUUUCCUUUGUCCCGGUGACAAUGUCCCGGCUCCGCCUUCCCGGGGCCGCCUCAGCCAGCGCGGGGAUCCGCCGGACCCCCGGGAGCCCAGAGCGGCCGGGCCGCCCCCUGCCCCCCCCCCGGGGACGCCGCCGGACGCCGCUUCCUCCCCCCUGCGGGCCGCGGGGGCUCGGCGGGACCAGGCGGGGACGGGACGGGGCGCGGGGGGCCCCGGGGGACCGGACGGGGAGGAGGGGACCGGGGACGGGGAGGGAGGGGAGCGGGGCGGGGGGCGGAGGGACUCCGGGGCUCGCAGGGGGUUGCGGCGGCCGGGGAGGGGGCGCGGGGACCCCCGGGGAGCCGCAGGGACCCAUCGGAGCCACGGGGAUCGUGGGGAUCCCCAGGGAGCUGCCGAGACUCUGAGGAGCGACAGGGACCGGAGGGACCCCGGGGACCUGUAG